UAGCAUUCUCAUUCACGUAAUCCACUUUAACAGCCAGGAGUAAUCCUGAGUCACCUGUAGAAUCAAGAUCAAGAUCAAGAUUCACACCACUCGCUGCUACAUUCCCGCAGUAUGGGAGAUAGAAAUGACAACCGAGGUGAUGAAAAGCGAUGUGCUCAAGUGGCUGUGGAGAGCAUCAUCACAUGGGGGGAGGCAGCAGGUGUGGCAGACCUCCCACAGGACCUGGCCCGGGUCAUCGCAGCAGAUGUCACCUACAGACUUCGACAGACUCUCAGUGUGUGUGGACAGUUCCUGAGACACAGCAAGAGGCGCAGACUGACCCCAGAUGACAUCAACCGAGCCCUUGUGUGGAUGGACGUCCCUUCUGUCAAUGGGUACACAAGCAGUGACCCAGUGGAGUGGCAGGCAGUGCCUGAGGUAGGGGUGCACAUCCCACAUGAUCCCAUAGUCAACCUAGCCAGCACAGGCCUCAGUGGAGACAUAUUUCACCAGCCUGGCAGCCCUUGUGUCAGAGGAGAGUGGGCCUACAUCACAGGGCACACCAUAGUGAAAGGAGAGGGUGGUGGAGACCCCAUACCAGCUCCCUUGCCCCUAGCAGCUGACCAUCUUCAGUAUUAUAAGACACUGUUCACUGUUAUCACUGGACCAUCUAAUGACCUCUUCAAAAUGAUGUGUGAGGAUGUGGCAUCAAACCCUGGUGUGAAUGGCAUUGUUGGGUACAUAGUGGGUGGUGUGAUGCGAGGAGCUCAUCGGGCAAGACAGAAGCCCUGCAUUCUUCGUCGCCUGCUCCUCAUUGUACAGGCACUCCUCCUGAACCCAAACCUCCACUUGGGCCCUCAGAACUAUAUGCGUGACAUCAUCAACGUGCUUGUGUAUUGCAUCAUUAUUGAGCGCAAGUCUCCCCAAGACACCCAGAUGAUCCGCAGCUUGGCCUGCAAUGUGCUGCUUCAGGUGGUGUCACGAGAGCCUGGGUGUCGAAUAACCUGGGAGGGGGUGGUGAGCAGUCUGGGAGGUGUAGUGGCCAGCAGCAGCAGGCCCUGGGGACAACAUGUAGGGGCACUAAUUGGCCUCCUCACCCUGGGAUGUCCUGCUCUGCUACACAGCCUCACUCCCAUUGCCCGUUCAUACCACAACCGUCUGGCCCAUGCCAUUGCCCAGGCACCAAGCCCCAGCACCCGUGAUGCCCUGGACGCCCACACAGCCAAGUGCCUCUUGCUGGCUGGGCUUGUCAAUGUCAUGAAAAGCUACGUUAAAAGUCUCCCGGACAAUAUGGUUAUGUUUUCAUCCACAAAGGAGUCCUCAUCACCUCCAGCAGCCUCCAUGUCAUCCAGUGGCAUGGGUGAUGGUGACGUGCCCUUUGAACAAGUGCAGGAGAUCUACAACCUUGGGGAGGAGGCUUAUGGAUCAGCCUUUAUAGCACAAGUGCCAACUGUGUACCUGUGCUGCACUCCCAAUCAUGUUCCUAGCUUCUUGCAGUCUUCUGUUUACAGAGACCAAGCCAUCUCUGGGGAUGCUCUUCUCAACCCUCCACCUGCCAAACGACCCAAUUACAAAUCCUCAUCUUCGCACCACCUACACCAGACACUCAGCAGAGCCAAGGUGAGAAGAAGAGACCAGCCCUAUGCACCAGCACAGGUGUUUGAGGGAUACAGGAGUCUCCCUGAAAAAUGCAUCCACGUGAAUAUUGGAGGAUGCCCAACUAAGAGUGUCAACAAACUGAAGAGGAGAGAAAGUUCCUUGCCCACAGUGGUGCCACAUCCACAUCGACCCCUCCUUGCCCGCUACUGUGCAAGGCUCACUGGUUGUAUGCCCCACAACACCUUCACCAAACCACUGCAUCCUCCUCUAAGACCUGGACCUUCACUACAAUACCUCAUCCUGUAAUCUUGUGGACACAUUAUACUAACCCCUUAUUAUCUUGUACAGUACUUACCUUGGUGUGAAAGACAACUGCAAUAAGUGUACAAAAUUAGCAAUAUUUCUUCCAUGUCAAGCUGCCUAAAUCAUGAUGUCAUGAAUCUCACUAUUUGGAGCAGUGGUUGUUAAGGCCUGAGGAAUGUGUCUUGUCUUGUUGUAGUUACAGGACUGGAGAUGCAGGCUUUUAUCAUCAUGUGAGUCUGCAGUUAUCUCAUAUGUGAUUUGUAAUUUCAUACAUAUAAACAAAAAGAUUAUGGCUUUAAGACAUGUCAUUGUCAUAUUUCCACAUCAUGAUUUUCAUAUUAGAUGCAUCAGUAGCCACUCAUUUCUGUUCAUGUGAGACCUAAAGCAUAAAUGUGACUGUGCCAAAUUUAAAAUAGAGAAAUAUAAGUAAAGUACCUGGAAGAUUUUGUGCAUCUAUUAAGGAACAAGGAGUUGUAGAGUGGUGUUGGAGAAAAGGUUGUGAGAUUGCAGGGAUGUAUAGGAUAGAUCAUGUGAGAGGACAGCUCCAUAUAAAAAUAGGAGGAUAACAGAGUAUGAAAGAGAGAAAGAUUGAGAAAAUGUAAAGAUGUACGUAUAUUAAUGUGUUAAGAUGAGACAUGCCAAAAGGGAGGUUUAAGGAUCCAGCACUGGAAAAGAUAGAACUGUUCAUAUAUAUAUAUAUAUAUAUAUAUAUAUAUAUAUAUAUAUAUAUAUAUAUAUAUAUAUAUAUAUAUAAUCAUGUUCUCUAAUGCUCAGUAAAGUGUUUAAUAGAAUGGAUUCUGGCCUGGCUGGCACAUUGAUAACAUCUUCAUUGUGGAAUCUAGUUUUCUGUGCAAUGUAUUUAGAUUAUGUUAGUGUAGUACCUCAUUUACUCAUUUGUGAAACAUCAGCUGUAAUGAUAUUGGUUCUACAUCAGUUGAACCUGCAUAUUCUUUCCUUUGACACCCAGUUUUCUCAAAAAUUACUUGUACUUAAUAGUAUUAUGCAAUGUAAAAGUAAGUGCCUCCAUGGUAGUGGCUUGUGUGCCUAGCUACAAAUCUACAGACCCUGGUUCAAGUAGUUGCUGUUGGGGUGGUUGGCACACAGCUCAUCCAGCAGUUCAUCCUUCCUUCAGGUUGGUCAUUAAUAAGUACCUUGGAAACCUGGGAAGGUAAAUUGGGAUGUCAGCAUGAUCCUGUGUGGAGCAAGGGACAUCCACCACAAGCUCAAAGGGCAAGGUGGAGAGGAUUACAAGACCAGACACAGCUGUUGUGUGUACCCCAACUUUACCUUGAACGUAAAUAUAAUAAUACCCGUUUUUGUA